AUGCCGCUUCCGCAGACGAGGAGUAUAAAUCCAAGAUCUCCAGUGAAUUUGAAUUCUCAUCGUUUCCGGCGGUGCUUUUUCUUCUUUCCUCUAAACAAAAAUCUCAGAUAUUGGUACUACGGUUGUGCCAGGGCGGAUGGAGGGGUCGCCGUAGCUCGUGCAUUGCCAGCCUUGAAAAAUUACGAAACGGUGAACGUUGACCAAGCUGCUGCAGACGUGACGAAAAGUGACGUUUCAUCUCUCAAGUCCGAAUCCGAUAAUCUGCAGUACCGGAGUGAAAGUGAGGCGAACUUGGCCCGAAAAAAAAAAUCCUCCACAACAACGACUUUUUGCGUGGAGAUCAAACAAGGAAUCGAUCAGCCACCGAUAAUCGUCUGCGAUCCGCCCGGGGAAACCGAUGAGAAACCACCGAUACCGAGCCCAUUGCCAAUUGUCCCGUCAAUAGUGGAAAACUAUCCCGAACCAAUUCCUGAUGUCGUACCAGGCUACCUACCUGCACCGACGAAACCGAAUCAGCAGUGCUCUCUGGACGGACCAUCGUCUGUAGUGCACCCCCAGGAAAUCGAAAUACUCCAGCCUCAAACUCUUCCGGAAUUCCCUCAGUUCUUCCAAUUUCUUCCAUCAUUCCCUGUACACCCCGAAAUACCUUCGCCAACUCCUUUCCAACCGCCCCAAACCCUAUUCGGCCUUGAUCCCAACUGCCCACUGGCGUCCAUUAUUUCCAGCCUGUUAGAGGCUAUCUCUUUUUUCCAUUUAUACGAUUCAAAGCCAUACUCAAGAUUCACAGAACUAUACCCAACGGGCGAGUCAAAGUUUUGGGAAUGGAACGGAUACGAUCGACCCGCCAAAGAGACACAAUUCUUCCCGAAGUCUUCCUCUGCGGAGCUUCCGUCAAACGUUUUCUCGGAGAAUCCGUUCGAACUGAUAUAUCCAAAGCGGGGAAUCGCCACGUCGCUUCAGUACGGCAAACCGCGAAUUCCAUCGGUGGCUUCGAUAGAUAAGAAUCAAAUUUCCGAAAGUUCGUACAACGUGCCGUUUUUGAUUCAGUGCAAUCCGACGAUUAUACCACUGACACCGGCGGUCUAUGCAGCGGCUGUUGAUGGCGCGCGCGAACGAAUGUUCAAGACUGCAAUCGGAACGCCCGUAAUAAGAUCGGAGGAACCGGCGUAUCGAGUACCGGUAUCGGGAACACCAGACAUUCAUUCGACUCAACGCGCCGCACCGUACCAGAACCAUUUAGAACUGUCACCGGAAUUGAAUAUCUAUCGACAGCAGCCAAGAAAGAUGGAGGCUACGGUUCAACACGGCACAAUAGCGGAACAGCACGUCCGACAACCAACCAAAGAAAAAACGUUUUCCUCCGCAAGCCGAGAGGGAACCGCCGAUAAAAUUUCAGGCUUUCGCCAAAAUGGUCAGGAACAACUAUCGCGGCAUCAAGAGACUGUGCCAAAUUCGGUCGCGAUCGAGAUCGCGGACGCAGUCCACCAAGGCGGCAACAACCGGAAAACGGCCCUUUCGCAAUCAGUUGAAAAUAACAAAUUUAGUUUGCCCCUUAAUCCCAAGCACCAAGACAGUUCUAGUUCUGACGGAUAUGGUAGAGCAGCGAUGCGCGACGAACAGGACAAAAUUGGUUCUGGAAUAUCGAGCGUAAAUCAGAAGCCGGUGAACGGUUUUGACAGCGAAAAACUACCGGUUUUUGCUCAGUAUCGGCAGAAUCAGCAACAACGAGAACAAGGCCAACGAGAACCAACGCGAAACGUGCCACGCGUUGCCGCCCAAGAGUACGACUAUUCGCAGCAACCACCAACCGGUGAAACUUUCCGCAGCGAACGUGUGAUGAACCGUAUGAAGUCCUCACUGGCGUAUGGUAAUACGAUCCAGUAAUUCGCACCAUCAGACUGACGUUUGGCUGCCGAGCAACAGACGGCACUGAAAGCUUAAAGCUUAAGGCUUGAACCAUCUGAACCCCCUGUCGAUAGACAAUUGACGCUUUCCGUUAGAGGCAUACUUAUACUACGCCUACUUACAUUUACAUUUUAUCGAGUUCAGGUCACGGAUACAGAUGAUAAAUUUGAGUUUUCACGUAUCUGUAGUUUAUCUCUACCGUUUGUGCCCAAGGCAACAGACCAUCGGAGAAAAUAAUCCUCAACUUUUUUUCUAAUGGAAAUUUAGCGUUAUCUAUAAAUUGGGGGUGAAAAUUGACACCAAAGUUGAGGGUUUUUUUCCCGAGGGGAGUUACGCAAUAUUACUCGUCAUGAUAUUGUUAUCUCUGAAUUUUACUGUGUAUAAGUAUACUACUGACCAUUUUGUACGACUCUAUGAUACUGGAUGAAUAAUAAACGUUUUGUACUUUUUGUAUCCAACUUGUCAUGCCAGUAGGGCUGUAACCCCGAAAGGGUCCAUUUUGCGAUCAGAAGAUUUCAAUGUUCGCGGGAUGUUAUUUUCUUA